AUGACAAAACUAGAAACUAUGCCAAGUUAUUUUAUUGGCCAUGGCGGUGUUGGAGUGUUGAAUACUUCAAGAACUUAUUUAGACCAUUAUAGAAAUCAAUUGACACUGAUAGGUGAAGAGAUUUUGUCUUUAAACCCUAAAGCAGUUAUUGUUACUUCAGGUCAUUUUGAAAGUCCACACGGCCAGAACAAAAUACAAAUUAAUGUAAAGGAAAAUACAGAUGUUGCAUAUGAUUAUUUCUUCAAACAUGAUGAUCCGGAAGUAUACAAAUUGAAGUUUGAUCAUCAUGGUAGUAAAGCUAUUGCUGAUGAAUUAGCUGAAUACUUAAAAGAUGUUGACAAAAGUCUUCUAAUUGAAAAGAUUGAAAAAGAUACUGAUCAUGGAGUAUGGGUUCCUUGCAAAUUAAUGUUCAGGGAGGAAAACCUACCUCUCAAAUUUCCGAUAAUCAGUUUAUCUACUUUGAAUCCUAAAUAUAAUAACUUCAAUCAACAAAUAAACUUGGGGAUAUCUUUAUCAAAACUAAGAGAAAUGGGGUACAUAAUAGUUAAUUUGGGAAUGAUUGUGCACAAUGUUUAUGCUUCACUAAAUGCGAGUAAAGUCAUUGAUCAAUUUAAAAAUGACAAAUAUAAACUCGGAACUAUCACAAAUGAUAAUUUUGAAAGGGAUUUUACAAAAGAAGCUCAAGACUUAGUCAGUUUGGAUAAUAUUAUAGAGCGCAGGAAGAUGACUGCUGACCUUGAAUUUAAUACUAGCUCAAAUUUAAGGUUCGCACAUCCAUCUUUGGAACAUUUCACUCCAUUUUUAAUAUUCAUUGGAACGUCAUUAAAUGAUGAUUCUGGUUUCACAUACGACAUCAAUACUUAUGAUAAAGGAAUGAGUUAUGCAAGCUUUAAAUUUGAAUAA